CCCCGUUUCAGUUCAUUUUCAACUGUAGAGCAUACUGAUUAACCUUUUAUUGCACAGAGAAUCAGAGGGCCUGUGCUGCAAAGAAUCGCUCUGAGGGGAUUGGCCUUUAAGAAUAGCCAGGAAAGUAAGGACACUCUUUUUGUAACUUACUGUUCCUGUUUGAAAGCCUGUGGGCAGCCCUCUGCUACCCAGGAGUCUGCUGCUCUGAAAGACCCAUCAUCUGUUUUUCUUCACUUUCGACUGUAUGUAAAAGGCCUGGUUCCUGUUAUAGGACAUGUAUCAUUUGUCUGUCAUUCGAGGAAGUCUUCUAAACUUAGCAGUGUUGCAUGGUAGGCUGGACUUGAUGCAUGACAUUUGCAUGACUCCAUUCAAUGUCUUUGUGGAUUUGUCAGUGAACUGAUGCAGACAUGGCUCAAACAGCACGGGUUAAUGGCAGUGUUUCAGAAAAAGAGGGAUGUCUAAAUGUGGAAGAUGACAAGCACUCACCAGCCCCUUACUUUUUGGAAACUCCCUAUGGUUAUCAGCUAGACCUGGACUUUCUGAAAUAUGUUGAUGAUAUUGAAAGGGGCAACACCAUCAAAAAGUUAAACAUCCAGAGAAAGCCUAAAGUGGCAAAAUCUGUGACAACACCCAGGAGUGGUGGUGGGCAGACCUUUGAAUGGACAUCAACAGAGUCGUUGUCAUCUUCAUCAAACAGCGAUGACUAUAGGCAGUCCCCAUCUUUCCUUGCCACAAGAAGCCAACCAAGUCUUCCUCCAGUGAGGGCAGCUGCUUUACAUGAGGCCUCCCCAGCCUUUCUGAGUGUCCCUGAGGGCAAGCUCCUGCCACCUCCUUCCCCGAGGCUGCCCAGACACAACUUUCUUGUGGAGAAAACCUUGAUGGAGACACGAAGACGGCUGGAGCAAGAGAGACUGCUAAUGCAGCCCCCUGCCAACGAGACCCGCAGGCCUAGGCUUGCCAGUUUGGGGGGAAUAGGAUCGACCAGUUCGCCUUCUUCCUUUGCCGGAUCUAGUGGGCACAAUCAGAUCUCCCCAAACCCCCAGCAGCACCUUAACAAUGGGCAUCAAGCCAAUGGAGAAUACAAUCCAUACUUCACCUCCUCCAUAGGAAGCUCUAUCCGUCACAGCCCAAUGAGUUCGGGAAUGACUACCCCAGUCACCAACGUUAGCCCCACACAUUUGCAGCACAUCCGGGAGCAGAUGAUGGUAGCGUUGAAGCGGCUAAAGGAACUCGAGGAACAGGUCAAGACUAUUCCAAUUCUGCAAGUAAAGAUCUCAGUGCUACAGGAGGAGAAGAGACAGCUAACCCAGCAGAUGAAAACCCCAAAACCAUCCAAUCAGAAUACUGGCUGUGCUUUCAGAAAAAGAUCCUACAGUGCUGGGAAUGCUGAUCACCUUGAACCGUUCUCCCAAACUAGAAAGGGAGGGGAGCUACAUAUUGAUUCUGAGGAUGAAAUGGAAAGUCUAGGGCAGAGCUCUCAAAGAAUAGAAGAGUUCAGGCAGCUCACAGCUGAAAUGCAGGCUUUGGAGAGGAAGAUUCAAGACAAUAGCUAUGACCAACAACCUGGCUUAUCCCAAAAUGUGGAGCAGCAAUGCAGUGUGAAGGAACACAAAUCUGUUGCUGUUGGGGCUGAUGAGAACAUGAAUGACAUUGUGAUUUAUCAUAAAUCAUCUAAACAGUGUCAGGAGAUAGCAGUGGGGACUGAGACUGAGACGAGGAGUGCUGGUGUUGGUGUAACAGAGGCUUUGCUGGGCAUGACAACAGAAGCAGAAACAGAAAUUGAGAUGCAGAAUCAGACCAUUGAUGUACUGAAAGACAGAAUUUACAGGUUGGAGGUGCAGUUGAAAGAAACAACCCAUGAAAUGGAAAUGAGCAAGUUGAAAAUGGAGCUUCAGGCAGCGGGAUCAAGAAAGAAAGCUGAUAAGGGGUCAAUGGCUCGACCAGUGGUUUGCAGCACCUCUGUAGAAGCAUCGGUGCAGAUGCAAAGCCAAGCAGUGGGAAACCAUAUUGAUUUCGCCGAUUCUUGUGUCGGCAGAGAUUUGCAGAUGUCUACUAUUGGAUUUACCUGCAGGCCAGAAAUCCAGAAUGCCGCUGUAGGCCCAGAAAUACCCAUGAACCGAUGGAUUGUCCGAGAAAGGGUGGAGACUCAAGAUCAGUGUACCGGGCAGCAGGUUGUAAUGUGUAGCAAGAAUGUGGGAGUGGAAUUGAGUGUUUGUGAAACUGGAGUGAAUACAGAAGAAACUGUGGAUAGUUUAGCCCUUUGCAAAACUAAGCUCAAACAAGCUAAAGAGUUUAAGUCAGUAGGAUGUGGGGAAUGUUCAGUGGAUGUGACAGUUUGCCCUAUAAAAGAGCUGGUGUCUCUAGGCACAAAUACAGAUUAUGUAAAGAGAGUGGAGUUAGGUGUCAUGGCCAUACCUCAGACAUCAUCUCAACACACAAAUACAGUAAUAGAUUCCAUUAGCAAGUUUACCAACACAGAAACAGCAACUUUCAUGAAUUCUAGCACAAACACCAUGUUAAGCACUUACGAUAAGCAGACAAGUACAGUACCAACUGAGACUAGAACGGUUGCUGUGGGAGAUGGUAGAGUGAAAGAUGUUCAUUCUGUUAAGAUUCGCUCCAUUGGGGUGGGUACCUUGGUCAGUGGUGAUGCUAUAUUGGAAAAGCCAUAUGCAGUGAAGACCAAAGAUUUUGGCGUAGGGCAGGUUAGUGUCAAUGAAAACUUUUUGGUUGGUCUGAAAACACGCAACAUUGCCUGUGGACCCUCAACUCAGGCAUUUUCACCUGCCAACACCAGGAGUGUCGCAUUGGGUGAUGAGGGUGCUCCUGUAACAGGACAGAUCCAGCCGUCUGAACCGGAAAUAGCCUUUGGUUUGGACCACUAUAUUGAGCGGGUACAGAAACUUUUGCAAGAGCAGCAGAUGCUUCUGGCUGAGAACUAUAGUGAGCUUGAAGAUACAUUCGGGCAGCCUCAUUCUCAGAUUGGUUCCCUCAACAGCCAGUUAAUGAACACAUUAUCAUCUAUAAACACAGUUAUAAAAUGUGCAAGCAAUGAGGAAUUAAGAAGCUUGGACAUCUCGAAGCUCUGCCCUGAUACUACAAGUGCCAUAACAGAUACCGAUCAGUCUUUGCUCAGCAGCACUACCAACACAUGUGUGUCCUCCCUGACGCAGUCGGUCAUUCUCGAACAGAAGGUCGAGGCCACACAAGUGGAGCAAGUUACAUCUGUGUCUACAGUGAACGAGUUAAACACUGGGUCCAAGACCUAUUCACCCCCGGAGAAUGUGACAUCUCGAAUGAGUCUGACGGAUCAGCAAAUGACUUCUGCCUUGCAUGGGCAGUCUUGCAGUCCAAAUACUCUGAAGUCUAUUAUGAAGAAGAAAGAUGGCAGACAAGGCUCAAAUGGCACAAAGAAGAACUUGCAGUUUGUAGGUGUAAAUGGAGGGUAUGAGACCACAUCAAGUGACGACUCAAGUUCAGAGGAAAGCAGCUCGUCGGAGUCGGAGGAUGAGUGUGAAAGGAAUGAGUGUUUGAAGGAAGGGGUGGCUGGGAGAGCUGAGGAGUUUUGCAAUGAAGGUGCGAUGAAAGUCAAAGGCAAGGCUGAAGAGGGAGAUGCUGAGAAGGUGGAGAUUAGAGAGAGGUAUGAGCUGAGUGAGAAGAUGUUGGCAGCAUGUAAUGUGUUGAAAAAUCACCUGAAUGACUCCAAGGUUUUGACUAACAAAGAUGUGAGAGCUUGUCUGAACACGAUUCAGCACGAGUGGUUUCGUGUCUCCAGUCAGAAGUCUGCAGUCCCGGCUAUGGUGGAAGAUUCUCUUUCUGCCUUCAGAGAGGUGUCUGAUGCAGUCCUGCGGCACAUAGUCAACAUGGCAGAUGGCAAUGGAAACACAGCCCUCCAUUACAGUGUGUCUCACUCCAAUUUUGAUAUUGUCAGGCUGCUUUUAGAUGCAGAUGUCUGUAAUGUAAAUCAGCAGAACAAAGCUGGGUAUACUCCCAUUAUGCUGGCUGCUCUUGCAGCAGUCGAGGCAGAAAAAGACAUGCGGAUAGUAGAGGAACUCUUCAGCAAAGGGGAUGUGAAUGCUAAAGCCAGCCAGGCUGGCCAAACCGCACUUAUGUUAGCAGUGAGCCAUGGGCGAAUGGACAUGGUGAAAGCUCUGUUGGCAUGUUCCGCUGAUGUCAAUAUUCAGGAUGAUGAGGGGUCCACAGCUGUGAUGUGCGCCAGUGAACAUGGUCAUGUGGAGAUAGUAAAACUCCUGCUGUCUCAGCCUGGAUGUGAUGCUACAUUGACUGACAGUGAUGAGAGUACUGCAUUAUCGAUAGCUAUGGAGGCUGGGCACAAGGACAUUGCAGUUCUUCUUUAUGCUCAUAUAAACUUUUCCAAAGCCCAGUCACCAGGCACACCGAGGCUUGGAAGGAAAACGUCUCCUAGCCCAACACGAAGAAGCAUGUUUGAUUAAUAUUCCAAACUUGUCAACCCCCCACCCCACUCCCCACUCCCCAAGCUGCUAUUGGUUCUUGUUAACUUGGACAGAUACUGAAUGUAGAAUAUGAUAAAAAAAAAAAAAAAAAAAAAAAAAGUGCCUGAGCUCACCAGCUUAUUUUAGCAAUAAAAAUAUAAAUAAUAAAAUGAUUUAUUGGCAGUAAUAAGCAGUUAAACUGGAAGACAUUACUCAGCAGUUAAUAGCUUUGUGGCUUGGUAAUUAAAGUAUUCAGGAAUGCUGCUUUCGUUUUUUCAGUCAGGUCUCUUCCGAUCUCUUCCACAUUUUAAUCUGCCGUUAAUGUUAUCUUCUUUGUAAUCUAUGCAUUAUGUAAUCUGCUAGUACAGGUUCUGUUAUUCUCAAACAAGCCAUAUUGUCAAUGGCAUAUUUAUAUUGUUAAUCUUGCUUUGCAUUUAUUUUUUUUGCUGGGUUUUUUGUCAUUAACCCUUUGACCUCAUUUGAAAUCAUUUUAGCAUAAUCCUGGGGAAAGAUGAACAGGGAAGGUUAAAUAAAUCAAAGUGACCCAUUUGCUUGGUCCAAAUUUAUUAUAUAGAAAGAUAUCUCAGAAUGCAUAUAAUGUAUAACUUUUAUAUAAAGAUCAUUUGUAUCUAUUUAAAAAUGGAGUCUCAGUAUUUUCAAACUAUUAACCCAAUUAAUACAACAUUUACAUGAAGUUUCAUAUUUACAAUCGACCUAUAGUUUCAUUUCUAUAAAUAUUGUAUUUGUCAUUGUGUAUAUAUGAAUAUAUAUUAUGGCAUUUUUAGUGCUACAUUUGUAAUCACUUCUGUCUUAUGUAAGCUUGUCUUAUGUACAUUUAUGUCCCAGUGUAGCUAAGGUACUUUAGUUGUGUCCUGUAUUUUUAAUGUUUGAAGUGCCUUAGACUUGCCAUAUUUCAGAAUAAACUGCUUUGUGC